AUGACAAAGUGUUCGGGUGCUACAGCGCAAGCUGCAUAUCUGAGUGAGGCAACACCUCAGGAUCCAUACAGGUAUCAUCAAGGUUUCGGCAACCGGAUAGCGUCAGAAGCAAUACCUGGCGUGUUGCCGCAGGCCAGAAAUGCUCCACAGCGGGUCAAGUACGACCUUUAUUCAGAGCAGCUGAACGGAUCACCAAUUGUCUCAUCCCGAACCAACAUCCAAAAUGUCUGGCUGUACCGAAUACGACCGUCUGUCGCCCAUCGACAGUUGCAGAAAAUACCGAAGAACGACUUCCUAAUCGAAUCAUGUUUCCUGCCUAUGAAUGACAAUGUCGAGCAAGUCGCCUCGCAGCUGGCAUGGGAUCCAUUUCCGAUGCCGACAGCUUCAGAACACGUUGACUUUGUGCAUGGGCUCAAGACUAUUGGCGGCAAUGGGGAUCCGACUUUGAGAGAAGGCAUGGCAAUCCACAUCUAUACGGCAUCCACUUCAAUGGAUCGAUCGGCCUUCUGCAAUAACGAUGGCGACUUCCUCAUACUGCCGCAAGUGGGUCUCCUUGAUAUUCAGACCGAGCUGGGUCGCAUAAUGGUGAGACCUGGCGAGCUAGUCGUGAUCCAAGCCGGCAUAAAGUUUCGAGUGUCGUUGCCAUUUGGACCAUCUAGAGGCUACGUCCAGGAAAUCUUCGGAAGCCAUUAUGAGCUGCCAGAGCUGGGACCGAUGGGUUCGAAUGGCAUGGCAUAUCCCAGAGACUUCGACAUCCCGGUAGCGAGUUUCGACAUUGAUUCCUCAGCAUGGAAUAUCGUAUACAAGCUGGGGGGUCGAUUGCACACUUGCGAGCAGUCUCAUACGCCAUUCGAUGUGGUUGCGUGGCAUGGAAACUAUGCUCCCUUCAAGUAUGCGAUCGAGAAGUUCGUGAAUAUGGCCAACGUCGAGAAGGAUCUGGCAGAUCCAACGAUAUACACGGUCCUGACUGCCAGAUCCAAAGUUCCAGGCGUCACGCUCACUGACUUUCUCGCUUUCACGCCAAGGUGGAGCACGACGACAAAUACCUUCCGGCCGCCAUACUAUCAUCGUAAUAUGUCGACAGAAGUGAUGGGUCUCAUAUAUGGCCAGUAUGGUGGAUCUAGCCAUGUUCUCGAGCCAGGAGGCCUUUCAUACGAAGCUUCGUACAUGCCGCAUGGCGAGAGCUACCAGACGUGGAAGGAGUCAACGACAAAAGAGCUAGUUCCCGAAAGAGUAGCAGAGGGAACCUUGGCCUGGAUGUGGCAUCUAUCGGCGCCAUUACUGCUGACGAGGUACGCGCUCGAGAAAUCCGGUUGUCUGCACAGAUCAGAUGCAACGCGGUGGGAUAAUGUGCAGGGCCAUUUCCUGGAUCAUCUAGCUGAGAUCAAUGCCGAUCUGGCUACUGCUGGACUACCUCUACUUGGUCAACAUGAGAUAGCACAAUGA